AUGGCAGCAUUCGCAGCCGUCAGGGAAGCUAUGGACCAACUGACGGACCAAGAUCUUCGUGCCCAUCUGUUCGACUCGACAGUCCUUCCAGCGCUCAGUUACGCAGCGGAGACAGCCCCUGAGAGAUGUCUCCUGAAGUUUAACCGGCGCACACAACAUCUUGCCGGUCUUCGUAGCUCCGACCUAAGAGGAAUGUCCCGUCUUCGCGACCCAGCGGAAUAUGUAUCGAAAGCAAAACAUAGAUGGGCCGGUCACAUCAUGAGAAGAAUCGACGAUAGAUGGAUUAAAAGAACGCUAGAGUGGAUCCCAAGGGACGCUAAACGCCCCCGAGGGAGACCGCCAACGAGAUGGGGUGACGUGUUCGCUGCACGGAUGGACCAGCUAAGAGCUCAGCUGGAUACGGCUCAAGGACCUCGUCAACGUCACUCACGAAGCUUGAGAACAUCUUGGAUGACAAUGGCGAGGGAACAAAACGAGUGUUAG